CUGUAGUUUGACACUGUGGUUGCUGUGGUUUGGCCUUGACUGCUGUAGUUUGACACUGUGGUUACUGUUGUUUGACCAUUGUUGCUGUAGUUUAAUAGUGAUUAUUGUGGUUUGGCUGUGAAUGCUGGGGUUUGACUGUGGUUACUGUAGUGUGAUAGUGGUUACUGUGGUUUGGCUGUGGUUGCUGUGGUUUGGCCGUGGUUGCUGUAGUUUGACAGUGGUUAAUGUAGUUUGGCUGUGGUCACUGUGGUUUGACCAUAGUUACUGUGGUUUGGUCAUAGUUACUGUGGUUUGAUUGUAGUUGCUGUAUUUUGGCUGUGGUUGCUGUGGUUUUGACUGUGUGUGUUUACUCUGGUUUUCUGGUGGUUGACAUGGUUUUUACAUAGUUACUGUGGGUUGGCUGUAGUUACUGUGGAUUAGCUCUGGUUGCUGUGAUUUAGCCGUGGUUUCUGUAAAUUUGCUGUGGUUACUGUAGUUUACCUGUGGUUUGACUGUGGUUUGGCCAUAUUUGCAGUGGUUGCUGUGGAUUGACAGAGAUUACUCUGUUUUUCUGGUGGUUGGUGUGGUUUGACCUUGGUUACACUGGUUUUCUGGUGGUAGCCAUGGAAUUGACCUAGUUACUGUGGGUUAACCAUGGUUACUGUAGUUCACCUGUGGUUUGGACAUGGUUUCUGUGGUUUGAACGUGGUUGCUGUGGAUUGACCUUGGUUACUCUGGUGGUUUAGCUGUUAGUAGUGCAUUAUGGGUAUGAACUGGUUGUUGUGGUCAGUGCUGUUGGUGUUCCUGGUGUUCGGCUCGGUUCCUGUAGGCAGUGAUGCAGGUUCUGAUCCUGAUCCAGAUCUUCAUCCAGAUCCACCACGGGAUCCUCACACUCCCCAACAUACCCCCCCUCACACUCCCCGCCGCACCUUCCCCGUGCUCACGGUGCAGUUCCAGACCGUACGGAAACCCUUCGAGAGCGCCCUCUGGAUUCUCCUGGCGUCACUGCUGAAGCUCGGGUUCCACAUCAUCCCUCGGUUCUCCAGCGUGGUUCCAGAGAGCUGUGUUCUGAUAAUGGUGGGUUUACUGGUGGGGGCUUUGAUAAAGCUGCUGGGAGAGACCCUCCCAGUUCUGGACACUCAGCUCUUCUUCCUGGUCCUGCUGCCCCCCAUCAUCCUGGACGCCGGGUACUUCCUGCCCAUCCGGCCCUUCGGCGAGAACCUGGGCACCAUCCUGGUGUUUGCGGUGGUGGGAACGCUGUGGAACUCCUUCUUCAUGGGCGUGGUCCUGUACGGGGUGUGUCUGCUGGAGGGGUCCUCGCAGCUAGCCGGGGUGGACCUGCUGGCCUGCCUGCUGUUCAGCUCCAUCGCAUCCGCCGUCGACCCCGUCGCCGUCCUCGCCGUCUUCGAGGAGAUCCACAUCCACGAGCUCCUGCACAUCCUGGUGUUCGGAGAGUCGCUGCUCAACGACGCCGUCACUGUGGUGCUAUACCACCUGUUUGAGGAGUUUGCGAUGAUGGGCGAGGUGACCCUGGUUGAUGUGUUUCUGGGCGUGUUGUGUUUCUUCGUGGUGGCACUAGGGGGCGUCCUGGUUGGGGCAGUUUAUGGGCUGCUGGCAGCCAUCACCUCCCGCUUCACCUCGCACACUCGCGUCAUCGAACCGCUCUUCGUCUUCCUCUACAGCUACAUGGCGUACCUGUCCGCCGAGGUCUUCCACCUGUCCGGCAUCAUGGCGCUGAUAGCUUGCGGCGUGGUGAUGCGUCCGUACGUGGAAGCCAACAUUUCCCACAAGUCCUACACCACCAUAAAGUACUUCCUGAAGAUGUGGAGCAGUCUGAGUGAAACGCUCAUCUUCAUCUUCCUGGGCGUGUCCACCGUCGCCGGACCUCACACCUGGAACUGGACCUUCGUCUCCGCCACCAUCGUCCUCUGCCUGCUGUCCCGCGUGCUUGGAGUGGCGGGACUGACCUUCUUCAUCAACAAGUUCCGAAUGGUGAAGCUGACGGGGAAGGACCAGUUCAUCGUGGCGUACGGUGGCCUGCGAGGGGCAAUCGCCUUCUCUCUGGCAUUUCUGCUGUCGGCCGAGCAUUUCCCCAUGAAGAACCUGUUCCUUACCGCCAUCAUCACUGUCGUCUUCUUCACCGUCUUCGUCCAGGGAAUGACCAUACGACCUCUGGUCGACCUUCUGGCUGUAAAGAAGAAAAAAGAGACCAAGUUUACAAUAAACGAAGAGAUUCACACCCAGUUUUUAGAGCAUGUGUUGGUGGGGAUCGAGGGGGUCUGUGGUCAUUAUGGUCAUCGUCACUGGAAGGAUAAGUUGGGCAGGUUGAAUGCGAGUUAUCUGAGGCGGUGGCUGAUUGUGGGUGAAAGAUCUCAGGAGCCCCAGUUGAUCUCCUUCUAUAACAGGCUGGAGCUGGAACAGGCGCUCCUGGUGGCGGAGAGUGGAACUGCGGGCAGGCUGACCCCGGCACUGCCCUCUAGCGCCUCCCUGCUUGCUGAGAAGCAGAAGUCGGUGAUGAAUGUCUCUAAAGAGCGAGAGCAGCGAAUCCGGAAGAUUCUCAGAGCAAACCUACAAAAAACAAGCCAGAGGCUGCGCUCGUACAGCAGACAUGCACUAUUUCUGGAGGAAGAAGAAGAGGACGACUGGAACGAAAUGAAACUCCAGAAGCAAAGAUUAGAGAUGGGCCGGAGGAUGAGUCACUAUUUGACUGUUCCGGCUAACUGGCAGGAGUCGCCCCCUUUGAGAAGAGCGAAGACUGAGUCCGGUAACCAGGUGAAGGAGUCCAGACCCAGCGCAGCAGUCAGUGUACCUAUCGUCAGUGUGGAGUCGGUCCCUCCCUCAGCUCCUGCAGACUCAGGGAUGUCUCCGGACAAGACCGCAGACAGUCCUCCGCAGACUGUAGGGGGCGCUCUAAAGUCUCUGGCGGGAUCCGGCCGGGGGAAAGGUCGUAAACCCAGCGUAACUUUUGCUCUGGACGUGGAUGAGCAGAAGCUGCCGCGAUGUUUGAGCGACCCCGGCCCCAAUAAAAUAGACGAGGAGGACGAAGAGCACAGAGAGUGGGAGGUGUAAAAUAAUGACAUCUUAAAAAGUUCGGACAAUAUUCGUACAUAAACUCACUGAAACUGUGAGGACUAUUGUGGACUUUGUUUUUUUAAAAAGCACUUUGCCUUACAGUUCUGGAGAAAUUUACAGAGUCAGAUUUGCUCACAUUGGUGGAGAAUGCGGGCCCAGGCACUUAUCCCCACCUACUGAGCCUUCAACAGUUUAGCCCCACCCUUUAAUUCAGUCUACUGCAUUUUAGUCCCACCUUUUACCUCAGUGUACAGCAGUUUAGCUCCACCCAUUAAUUCAGUCUACGGCAGUGUAGCUCCACCCAUUUAUUCAGUCUACGGCAGUGUAGCUCCACCCAUUUAUUUAGUGCAUGGCAGUGUAGCUCCACCCAUUUAUCUAGCCUACACCUAUUCAGCAAAUAGCAGCAUUCCCCCACCAAUUGAUGUUGUAACACUUUAGCUCCGCUCAUUCACAGUUAAGUUAUAAAGAGUGUUUUAUCUCAGACUGCACUCAAUUAAGGACAGCCAAUCAGAACAAAGUUCAUUAACUUACAUCAUCACUCUUAAAAGCACAGUCACAAGAACACUCUCUUUUAUUCUAAAAGAUAUAUAUAUAUUUUUUUGAUAGUUUCUUUUUUUUAAUAAUUAAUUUUAAUCAUUAAUUUUAAUUCAUGGUGGAGGGAUACAUGCAGAGAGUUCCUCACAAAAAGUAGUUCCUAAAGAAAACUGUAGUAGAUGUUUUUCCGAUGUAUUUUCAUCAUCGGCAUGCCAUAUAAACCCUGGUGUAGGAGCACGGGUGGGUUUGGGCAGUAUAUAAAAUAUGAGCUCUAUUAUUUGUGUAUAUUAUAAGUGGUCAUGUGCUGUUAUCACAUGAUUAUACUCAGGUUAACAGUAUUUAUUGUUAAGUGUGGAGUUUGCAGAGUGUUUGAUCAGCAGUUGUGUUUGAUAUUUGUGUAUUUUUUUUAUUAAAUAAAGAAUCUCUUUGGCUCUUC